AUGUACUGUCUACUCUGCAGACUUCACCAGGCAAAGGGCAAGCACAAUAAGAGUGCAUCAUGUGGAAUGGAACCCGCUGUACGUUUCCAGACCUCAGCACUUGUGGAGCACUGCAGUGGACAGAAACAUCAAGAUUCCAUUGCAGCAAUGUUAAAGAGGACCUCGAUUUUUCAAGAAAAACUUGACGAGCGUAACCUCCACAGGCAUGAAAUUCUGUAUAGCGCUUUCAUGUCAUUGUACUGGCAGGUUCAGCAUGGCAUUGCUUACCAAAACUUCCCCUCCAUGUUGAAGAUGAUGCGGACGAUAGGACUGGAAAAGCUGGAGCAUUUCCAACAUGAAUCAUUGUGGUCAGUAAGAGGAAUCCUCACGACGAUGUGCAGGGUAAUAAAGGAAAAGAUCACAAAAGCUGCUAACGAAGCGAAGUUUUAUGGCCUCAUGGUGGACAAUGUUACUGACAUUCAAGUGAAAGAACAAAACAUCAUUUUCAUCCAGUAUGUGGAAAAUGCAAAUGUGCAAAUCCGCUUUUUAGCUGUCAAAGAUCUUAUGGAGGAUGCUGCGUCACCGAACGCCAAAACCAUCACUGACAACAUUAAAGAAGAACUGGCUAAGGAUGACCUUGACGUUCAAAAAUUCCUGAGUUUGGCGUCUGACGGAGCUUCAGUAAUGGUUGGCAAGAAUGAUGGCGUAGCAGCACUGCUCAAAACGGAGAACCCAAGACUGGUCAACGUUCACUGUAUCUGCCACAGACUGGCAUUAGCUUGUGGGGACUCCAACAACGAGGUGAAGUACAUGCUAACCAUAGAACGCCUACUGGUUCAGCUGUACAAGUGGCUCGAAAACUCCUGUGUGAAGACGGCAGGGUAUCUUAAGAUGCAAUUAAGACUUUGA